AUGGACGGUAACAGGCGAUAUGCCAAGAACCAUAAAAUUGAGAGUCUGGAAGGACACCAUCUAGGGUUUGAGGCCCUGGCUAAGAUCCUAGAAGUCUGCUACAAGACUGGUGUCAAGGUUGUUACUGUGUAUGCGUUUGCAAUUGAAAACUUCAACAGACCACAACGUGAGGUUGAGGGCUUGAUGUUGCUGGCCAAGACUAAGCUCUCACAACUCAUGCAGCAUGGAGAGGUCCUGGACAGAUAUAGUGCCAGGAUCAAGAUAUGCGGAAAGCGAGAGCUGAUCCCAAAGGACGUCCUGGAGUACGUGGACAGGGCCGUGGAAAGCACGAGCAAGAAUACUGGUGCCGUCCUCAACAUCUGCUUCCCAUACGGAUCACGGGAAGAAAUGACGCAUGCAGUCCGGACAACAGUCCAGGACUACUUGGCAGCUCCGCCACCAAAGAACUCGACUUUCUCUCAAACCCGCAUCUCCCAGAGCAUCAAGUCCAAGAAACUGGCAAGGCCCGACACUCUGCCAUCAAUAGAUGAGACACCUUCAGCGGCAGAGCAAUCUGGACAUGACGGUGAUGGCCCCGACGAUUCCGUCUCGUCCACGGCAUCGACGUUGCACCUGCCCGACACGCCUUCCAGGCCGUCCUCAUCGCAUACUCCGAGAUAUCCCGACCCCGAGACCAUCACCACGGAGACCCUGACAAACCACAUGUACACAGCUGGAGAUCCACCCCUGGACAUGUUUGUUCGUACGAGCGGAGUCGAGAGGCUGAGCGACUUCAUGCUGUGGCAGUGCCACCAGGACACUCAACUUUUCUUCCUCAAGUGCAUGUGGCCAGACUUCGAUCUGUGGCAUUUCCUGCCGGUCUUGAUCGAGUGGCAGUGGCGACAGAAGCAGAAGGAGAGAGACGAAAAGCCCCGGCGAGGCAUCAAGCAGCGUUAA